CCCCGGUCAUACUGAGGCUACAGUCUCCAGAUACGGUAAUGGGUCAAUUCUCCGGAGACUCAGUGAGCACCAUGACUUCAAAAGGUGACCAAUGGUGAUGCCCCAGAAGUAACCCCCGCGGGCGCGGGGCACCGGCUAAAUAAAAUCUGGGCCAGUGAUGGGUGCCACGAUGCCUCCACUCCGUCCCGCAGGAAGAUGGAGCAUUUAUGGAAAAUGGAGUAGUAGUAUCGGCUUGAUGGUUGACCGUCUUUCAUGCGCAAUCAGGAUCCUCAGUGGCUUUGCAAGCUGGGUCUGAUCUAAAAAAAAUAUUUUCAAUGCUCCUUUUCACUUUUCCCAGUCUUGGAGGGGUAGCUCCAUCGGGCAGCUAUUAAAGCUUGUUGGUUCCUCUACUCUUCCUGGUUGUCCCUCUUGCUGCAGUCUCUCAUUCCUCUCGAUCCUCCUACCGUCAAUACCCAGAUCUCGUUCCUCGCACAUCAUGGCUACCGCAACUGUCCUCGAAAAGGCCAACAUUGGUGUUUAUACCAACACCAACCACGACUUGUGGGUCGCAGAAUCGAAACCCACACUCGAGGAGGUGAAGAGUGGCGAGAGCUUGAAGCCCGGUGAGGUAACAGUUCAGGUUCGCAGUACCGGAAUUUGCGGAUCUGACGUGCAUUUCUGGCAUGCCGGUUGCAUUGGUCCCAUGAUUGUCACGGGUGACCAUAUCCUGGGUCACGAGUCGGCCGGUGAAGUGAUUGCAGUUGCCUCCGACGUCACCCACCUCAAGCCAGGCGACCGUGUCGCCGUCGAACCCAAUAUUCCCUGCCACGCUUGCGAGCCUUGCUUAACUGGACGUUACAACGGUUGUGAAAAAGUGCUUUUCCUGUCCACUCCUCCCGUGGACGGUUUGCUGCGGCGCUAUGUCAAUCACCCAGCUGUCUGGUGCCACAAGAUCGGUGAUAUGAGCUAUGAGGAUGGAGCUUUGCUGGAGCCUCUCAGUGUGUCUCUCGCUGCCAUUGAGCGAAGCGGGCUUCGCUUGGGCGACCCUGUUCUUGUCACCGGUGCUGGUCCCAUCGGUUUGAUCACUCUCCUCAGUGCCCGCGCCGCGGGAGCAACACCCAUUGUCAUCACCGAUAUCGACGAAGGCAGACUAGCAUUCGCCAAGUCGUUGGUUCCCGACGUUAUCACCUACAAGGUGCAGACCAACCUGUCCGCCGAGGAUAACGCUGCAGGCAUUAUCGAUGCUUUCAACGAUGGCCAGGGCUCCGCCCCUGAUGCCCUGAAGCCUAAGCUGGCACUGGAGUGCACCGGUGUCGAGAGCAGUGUCGCAUCCGCUAUUUGGAGUGUCAAGUUCGGUGGCAAGGUCUUCGUGAUCGGUGUGGGCAAGAACGAGAUGAAGAUUCCGUUCAUGCGCCUGAGCACCCAAGAGAUCGACCUUCAAUACCAGUACCGUUACUGCAACACCUGGCCCCGCGCCAUUCGCCUCGUGAGGAACGGUGUCAUCAGCCUGAAGAAGCUUGUUACACAUCGCUUCCUCUUGGAGGACGCUCUGAAGGCCUUCGAAACUGCUGCAGACCCCAAGACGGGAGCUAUCAAGGUUCAGAUCAUGAGCAACGAGGAGGAUGUGAAGGCCGCUUCUGCUUGAAUCAAUCACUGCUGAAACGAACUUCAGUCCCGGUGUUAAAGGUAGUCAGUCACGUUUUAUACCUUCUGUGUUUUUUCUGAUAUCAUUUUCUGCAAUGAUGAGUCAUGUAAUGUUAUGAUGAUCGUUUUAGAUAUAUUGCUUUGAACUAUAGACAUUCUAGAUGAAUUCUAU